UUAUGAUAAAAACAUCGUACUUUAUUAGUCUCCCUUCCAUCUCCAUACAUUCCUUGGUAUGCUGGUCUAGCCAAGGAAGUGAAAGCAGGCUUUCUUUUAGAGUGACCUCAAAUGAGAUUGAAAGGUGUUAUUUUUAAUCCUUGUUAGAAGAACAGUAUUAACUAUGGCUUGCACAGGUACAAGUAGGCUCUGCGUUCGUGCGUGUCAGUGGAGAAAGUGUUCCAUUACGAAAAAAAAUUACUCCUUUUUUUCUGAUAGUUCAUCUUCAUUCUUUCAAACUAUUAAAAAACGUGAAAAAUGUCAUCAAUCAACAGUCAUACCAGCUAUAGCAACUGUAUCAAGAAAUUACAGCACAAGUGGAACUUACCAAACUGGUCCUAUGUCCAAUUAUGAAGUACAGCCUUACACUUUAUUAGAAAAUGAUUUGAAAGAUGUAUAUACUUAUAUCAGAGGAUCUUUGAGGCAGAACACCCAUCUUGAUGAUCUCUACGAAAUUUCAACAUAUUAUUUUGAUGGAAAGGGUAAAGCAAUUAGACCUAUGAUUGCUCUAAUGAUGGCAAAAGCUAUGAAUUAUCACAUCCACAAAGAAGACAUUCCCCUGCUCCCAUCUCAGAGAGAGGUUGGUAUGAUAUCGGAGAUGAUCCAUACAGCUUCACUGAUUCAUGAUGAUGUCAUUGAUCAAUCUGAUUCCCGAAGAGGUAAACCUAGUGUCAACGUUAUGUGGAAUCAGAAGAAGGUUACAAUGGCUGGGGAUUACAUAUUGGCAGUAGCUUCAAUGUUAAUAGCUAAAUUAAGAAACAAUGAUGUGACUUUAGUACUAAGCCAAGUAGUUAAUGAUUUAGUCCAAGGAGAAUUCAUGCAGUUAGGAUCAAAAGAAAGUGAAAAUGAAAGGUUUGAUCACUACCUCAACAAAACAUAUAAAAAAACCGCGUCACUUAUGGCAAAUUCUAUCAAAGCAGUAACAAUUUUAGCAGGAGCUGAUGAAGAACUUUGCAAUUUAUCAUUUGCAUAUGGAAAAAAUUUAGGAUUAGGUUUUCAAUUAGUUGAUGAUUUACUAGAUUUUGUUGCAUCCUCUGCUGCGAUGGGGAAACCAACUGCAGCUGAUUUAAAACUAGGACUAGCUACCGCACCAGUAUUAUUUGCUUGUGAGAAAUUUCCCGAGUUGAAUCCUAUGAUAAUGAGACGUUUCCAAGAGCCUGGGGAUGUAGAAAGAGCAUUUGAGUUAGUUCAUAAAUCUGAUGGACUAGAACAAACUAAAUACCUUGCUAAAAAAUACUGUGAAGAAUCUUUUCGAUUAGCUCAAACGCUUACAGAAAGCCCUUAUCAAAAAGGUUUGAUAGUUACAGCUGAUUAUGUGUUGAAAAGAAUGAAAUAACUUAUUUGUUUAUUGUUUUGUUGGUUAUGGGUCAAGUUAUUAGUUUUUUGAAGUAUUGUGAGAGUUGUAUUGAAUUGUUCAAAAUACAGAAAAACAAAAUGUAUAUGUGAUAUUGUAAGCAGAUAUAUUUUCUAUUUCAUAUAUAUGAAUUAUUAGCUCAGAAUUUAUUCACCUGUUGAAAUAUUUAUUGAUUAGAUAUAAAUUAUAUUUGGUGAAUGAAUAAACUGUUUUAGAAUUUUCUA